AAUUGGUCAACAUGGCAGAAAGGCAGACUUUGAAUCAGGAACUCUCCCAGCUAUUCAAUGAGCUUUGGGAUGCAGAUGUUAAUCGCUUUGUGCCUGGAAAAGACUACACAAUUUCCUUACAGGGCAAGGCGGGAUUUGUUCAGCAGGGCAGUAAUGUUGCCAGAGACAAUGCAUCAGAAUCUCUGUUUUGCAAUGUCAACGAGCAACGUUUGAAGAACACAAAAACCUAUUCAGCUUUUAUUUCAUUGUUGGACAACUAUGAGACAUCAACUGGUACGGCAGAGCUGGUGACUCCAGAGGAAAUAACUGAAAAUAACCGUUUUCUCGAUGCAGUUUUAGAAACUGAAGUGAUGAAACUUACUCAUCAAUAUUUAGUUAAAAAAAAGUGGACAAAACCAGACCUUAAGGAUUUCAAGUCCCAGCUCUAUGCUAUUUGGUUCCACCUCUACUCUCGGCAAGGAGGAAAAGGACCUGACUCCUGUGGAUUCGAACACGUGUUUGUUGGGGAAACUAAACGAGGGCAUGAAGUCUUGGGUCUACAUAACUGGGUGCAGUUUUAUCUUGAAGAAAAACUGAAGCACAUUGAUUACAAGGGCUAUGUGGCCAGGAAAAAAAAAAGCAGGCCUGAUGAGGACGACCAGGUUUUAAGCCUUCAGUUCAGCUGGAAGGGCCUGGUAAAGCCUGUGGGGAGUACUUUUAUUGGUGUCAGCCCUGAGUUUGAAUUUGCCCUUUAUACCAUCGUUUUCCUGCAAUCAAAUCAAAGAGUGACACGUCAAAGAGUGAGAAUCGAGGAAUAUGAAUUGGAGAUUGUCGUCUACCGCCACGGAUCAUGCAUAGGGACAGCGUAUCCGGUCCUCCUCAGCAGUAACAAUGAAGAUUUGUACUGAAAAUCCUGAAGAGAAUGGUGUUUUUUUCUAGUUUACCAUGCUUGAAUUUAUACUUCUAUGUGUUUGCAUUGAACAAGAGUUUCCCCCACCCCA